GAGAUUACUUGGCGAAGAGUAUCGUUAUCUAAGCGGUGUUCUUCAGCAAUCUUCUACAAGUUGUGAAUAUAGUUUGUACAAAAGAUCUACGUGUAUCUACGUGAGCUGUUGUUUGUGAUUUGUGCCUUACUUACAUCGGAUUAUGAUCAACAUGUCGUUGAAAAGUGAUGAGAAAAUGGCCGGUGGUGACUCGACUUUGGUGAAGGAGCUAAUGAGCGAACUGGAGACGUCGAAGAAAGAAGCGAGCAAGCUAAAAGAACUGAACGGAGUUUUGGUGAAGUGAGUGCAAAUUGUCGAUUCUUCAUAAAGUUUAAUAUCUUUUUGGUUUUAACAAAGUAAUUUUGAAAGUAUUGAACGAGGAUCAAGAUACAUUUUAUCCUAAGUUUCUUUGCCUUAAUGUGAAACCUCAACUGCAAGUAAAUGUUUUCUGUCGAGCAUCGACAACAAAAAAUUAUAUGAGUUCCUUUUUUUAUUCCAGAAAAUCCAAGGAGCGAGAGAGAGCAUUUAAGUUAGAGAAGGAUCAGUGCAAAAUGGAGGUAAGCAUGGUUUACAAAUACAGUUUCUUAUAAGAAAAUGAUACCAAAAACUUUCAUUAAUACUUCAUGUUCCUAUAGAGCUUAAUGUUUUACUUUUGCUGUAUCGAUAAACGAUUUCCAAGGAAUCUUUUAGACGACAAAUAAUUUUGGAUAUAUUUUCUGAUCCUAGAUAAAUGAUCUUAAAAUGCAAAUGAGUGGCUUGACGGAAGUACUAAACUAUCAACAAGACAUGGCGGAUGAGUUGGUACAACGCGAGCCAGAGAAAGUCAAGAAAUUGAAACGUCAGAAAAAGGAGUUGACUGACAAGUGUCAAGAGAAGGAGAAGCAGUUAGAAGGAAUGAAGAAAAGUUUACAAGAAAUGAAAGUUGCCUUUGGAAGCAAGAAAACCGAAAACAAAGAAAUCAAAGAGGCAAUGCUGGAAUUGAAAGGCGAAAACAUCAAACUUCUCAGUGAAAAUUCUCUACUUGAAGGUCGUCUUGAAGAGAAAGAAAAUAACCUUUUCAAAAAAGAAGACAAAAUUUCGGAUCUCAAACAUCAGAUGGAAGAGCUUAAAAACAAAAUGCAAAAUGACCAGACAUGCAUUGCUCGACAAGCAUCGAUCAUUUCUAACCAGGAGGCAACGAUCGAGCAGAUGGAGAUUGAUGCAGUCAAAAAGGAUUUGAGAAUAUGGGAGUUCAAGCAUGAAAUGAAGGAAGCCAACACCAAAGUGAUAAAAGAAGUGGCUGAAAUUACUGUAAAGAACGUCAUCAGAAAAGAAGGGGACGAAGCUCGAAGUUUGAAUCUGGAAAACACAAAUGUCAAACUCAGGUCAGAAAUUGAAUCUUUGAUGCAGAAGACAAAAAGGCUGGAGAAAUUAGUUACCGAGCUGCAGGACAAUGUACAAAACAUGGCAGCCACAGCUGAAUCAAACAUUAGAGAAAUGGCCGACGAAAUUCAAGAAGCCACUAAGAGGGCGGAAACUUCAGAAAGGAGGGCAAACGAGCUUGAAUCAUGUCUCAACGAGACUACUGAAUCAUUGGCAAAUGCUACGGAGCAAAUCGAAAUCACAAUACAAGAAAAAGAUGCCCUUCUUGUCAGCCUGAAGGAGAAGGACCAGGCUUUGAAGUGGCAGCUCCGUGAAAACAAGCAAAUGAGGUAUGAGAUUGACAUUCAAGACAUGAGGAUCGAAAACAUGGCAGCGAGGCUUAAAAACAUUGCACAGAUUUGCUUUGAUACACCAGAGCUUAAUGGGGACAGUGAGGAGAGGUUUGAUCAAAUGAUCGAAAGAAUACAAGGGAUGCAGGAAACAUUGGCAAAAGUGGAAGUGAAAAAGAAGACUUUUGUUAAAAGACUUUUUAAAAGAUUUCGCAGUGCAAACAGACUUUAACAAAUAUAAGACAACGUUAACAUCCAUAUAGUAUUUAAACUUUUUUCUAAGUAUUGUAAUUGAUUAAAAUUUUGUUUGGAAAAAAAGAUCUUUUUUAAAAAAAUUGUGUAUAUUUUUAUGUCUCUCUCUUUCGGGCUCAGUGUGGAUAUUGCUAAGCUGCAUUCACUAUUGUGAUUCAAUUCAGGUUCAUUUGAGGUCAUUUCAGUAUUAAUUUCUAACAAUUAAGCCUAUUUAUUCUUCCAAAAACUCCUUU